UCGCCGUCCUGGAGCGGCUGCGCUCCGCCGGGGUUAGCGCAUCAUCAUGCGUUUGGCCGCUCCGCGUGUGGGAUGCUGCGCAAGUCCGCGGCGUGAGAGCGGACAGGUGUGCGCGACGCGCCGUGUGGAGUGGACAAUCCAAAGCAAACCGCCCAAAACAACACAGUUUACCUGAUCCGUGAGCGGACAGGAGCAACUGCCGCGUUGUGCAUCUGCAGGCGCAUAGGGCUACCCCCCUCCCUCCCCCUCCCCACCUCUCACCCCCUCCCGCUGUAAUAUUUAUGACAAAACCAAGGAGAAAUAUUCUGGUCACGUUUUGGGCUGACAGCCGGCUGUCCUGGAGAGCGCUGGAGUGGAUCAGGGUCCAGAGCUGGAGAAAGCGCAGCGCACCGACACCUGCAGUAGGAUGUAAAGGGGAUUCCCGCGAAACUGAUACAACUCUGGGUGUCAUCUUAACCACUGCCUCGUUUGAGUCAGAGGAAAAGGAAACCUGGACCAUGGUCUGGUUUGGUGGCCGCUGUUGCUAUGCAUGAAGGACCGCCCUGGCGUCAAUGGAGACCGAAGGCUUCCGUGACCUCCUGGAGACCAGCGAUGGUCAGGGGGUAGGCCUGUUGGAUGGAGGAGGGGAGGUGGGUGUGGAGGAGGGCUGGAGCACACCUUACCCUCUCGGCUUCCAGGUGUCACUGACCACUGUGCUGAUACUGGAGCUCGUGUUAGGAUUUAGCAGCAACCUGACAGUACUUGUGCUUUACUGUGCUCAGUCCAACCUGGUGGAUUCAGUCAGCAACCUGGUCACAGUCAACCUCCACGUGCUCGACAUCCUGGUGUGUGUACUCUGCUUGCCGCUGACCGUUGCUGUGAUCCUACUGCCUGCUAAUGAAAAUGGGGUCAGCAGUCUGGCCACACUUUGCUGUUUUCAUGAAGCCUGUGUCACAUUUACAAGUGUGGCCACGGCAGUGAAUGUUUUGGUGAUCAGUUUGGAUCGUUACGACAUCUCGGUUCGCCCAGCCAGCCGCCUGUUGACCCCGAGGCGUGCGGCACUGCUUUUGGCAGCGGUGUGGGCUGUGUCUCUUGCUGUGUUCUUCCUGCCUUUUGUUGAAGGGGACUUCUUCUCAACAACUGCUGAGGAUACUGAGGACAUUGAGCCGGAAAGGCAAAGCAAUGAAUCAGAGCUCACUACUGUACCGACGACCAUGUUUUCCUCCUUCUCUCCUUCCCUGUUACCCUCCACUCUGCCCACAGCUCCAUCACACCACCUGCCACCAGUAUGGCAGAACAGGACUCUGCUGUGUGUUGGAGGACAAGGGUAUUACACCGGUAUGGCUAUGUAUUACCACUUGUUGCUUCAAGUUCCCUGCUUCUUCAUAGCUGUGGCAGUCAUGCUGUUCACCUACUCCAGGAUCCUACAGGCUCUCAACAUCCGAAUAGGCUCUCACAUGAUGAGGGGUACACGUUCCAAGGACUCCACCUGUAGGAUACGCUGUAGGAGAAAGAAGAAGAAGGAACUGAGUUUGCCGACUGAAACAGUGUCAUCCAACCAGAACCAGAACCUCAACCAUCCACCUCUUAUUCCCUCUGCCACUCCUACACCAACAUCCCCUCCACCACUCUCUUCCAUGCCCCCGGGGUUGUCUGACAGUGGGGCGACGAUAACUACGGUCAGCACUGCUGCCACCACUCCCAUUGCGACCACACCAGCUACCCCUGCUUCUCCAACUCCUCCUUCAGCAUCAGCUCAGACCCACGCCUCCACACACCUGCCUGCAUCAUCUAUGGGUGUUCAGGCUUCAGUGUCUGCCAUCAUCGCCUUGAGGCGGGCAGUGCGCAGACACAGAGACCGACGGGAACGUCAACGGCGAGUUCUGAAAAUGUCUCUAAUCAUCAUAUCAACCUUCCUGGGCUGCUGGGCCCCUCUGUCUGCCGUCAACAUUCUCAUCCUUUGUAUAGGCCCCAGUGAUGGCCUGGUGGAGCUUCGUCUGUGCUUCCUGGCCAUGGCAUAUGGAACAACCAUCUUUCAUCCUCUGCUCUAUGCUUUCACUCGGCAGAAACUGCGACGUGCCCUCAAAACACGUGUCAAGAAACGGGUAGUGUCACUUCUGCAAGUAGACCCAGCUCCCAGUGGAGGGACUGUGAUUCAUAACUCUUGGGUGGAGGGGGGAGGCCAAAGAAAGUGUCGCAAGUCACGGGUGGAGGCCAGUGAUGGCACUGAUCGAUGUCUCACAGAGACAGUGAGGGAAUGAGUCCGGUCGUCCUGACUUUAAAGGGUUGUAUGUAUUCUACUAAGCAGAAGAAGACGGAUCACGAGUGUUUGUGUGUGGGUGUGAGGACAAAUGAGCAGGAGUUAGUUUACAAGGGUCAGGUCAAAUCCCAUGGCCUCUGCUUUUCUGCAGCUGAGAGUGCAGGUGAGCCGCGAGCUUUUACCAGAGCUGAUUUUUGCUCUCCUCACACAGGCUGCUGUUAUUCCACCUUGGACAACUAAUGUCCCUAUGGCAACAAUAGCCAAGCAUUAUUGCAAACUAGCCAUGAUUCCACAAAAUACUGGCGUUCACCCUUUUGUGUAUGGUAUGGGAUAGAUAACCGUAAUGACAUACUAUACAAUACUGCUCCUGUGUGCACUUUUAACUGCAUGUGCAUGUACAUAUGCACAUAUACACACUCACACACAAACAGUCAGCGCACACCUACUUACAUUUAGUCUCUAUCUGUGAAAGCACACAAGUAUCUACCUGCACAGAUGUUCUCAGUGACAAUAAUACUAAAGGAAGUCUUUAUUUUUAUUUUUUCAUGCCUUAAUUGGGUUACUAGUUUGUUGUUAUGGUGCUGAAUGUCCGGCCGUAUGUUUACAACAAACAACAUAGAGUGAACGUGUUUGCACUCACUGUAAAAGGGUAUGGUAAAGUUUACAGGCUUACAUCAAUUUAAACAGCAAAAACAUCCAAUCACAAAAAGCCAAAACAAAACAAAAACACUGUUUCAAGUUCAUUUCUAUCCAGCACCAUACUGUACUUUAGAAAAAUUCGUACAGGCUAAAAGGCAUGUUGUCUUUUUUCCUUUUUCAAAGACACCUGAUGGUUACGGCAGUAGAUGGUCGUGUGAUUUGAGAUUGUAUGUUUGCACAUUUGUGCAGGCUUGUAUGCAACGAAUGUGCAAUUACCAAAAAAGGAAGACAUAUCUAGGACUAUGUGCAAUAAAAAGUCGAGCAAAGCAAUGACCUCUAAGAUGGGAACAGAGAAUGUGAACACAGAAUUGUUGGGUUUCUGUUUCCUGUAGGAUGUGCAAAAGUCUUGAGUCAUCCCUCAUUUCUUUAUAUUUUGCAUCCAAGCAUUCAGAUGCACCUGUGAUUUUUACAGUGGUCCGAACUAACCGACACAUUCUCAGACCCGAAGCGGCUGAAACUGACGAAGGGUGACCAAGCGUCAGUUUCCGACGCAUUGGGAGCCCCAACGCUGCGGGAGGCGAAGCGCUGUGCCAGAGCGUUGCUUUCUGACGCCUGCGGUAAAACGGACAUUUAACCUCUAACCUCCAGCGAUUUUACCUUCCCCUCACCCCCAUCCUGACCUUAACCCAGUUUCUCUUUCGAAAUUUCCCGUCAACCGUGUUUAAGAGAAACGGUACAACAAGAAACAAAGUUUUGCUUCCGCUAGUGGGUUAGGGUUAGGAUGGGGGUGAGGGGAAGGUUAAAUAGCAAGAGGGUAAAGGUCAGAAUUUGCUAAAAUCUCUGUUUUACCGUGGGUUUUAGAAAGCGCCGCUAUGGCGCAGCGCAUUGCGUCAGAAACAAACGCUUGGUCAGCCUUCGUCUGUUUCAGCCACAUCGGGGGUGAGAAUGUGUGAGAAUGUGUUGAAUUAACAGUUCUCCGGGCUUUCUAAAGGUAUUUCACAGCUUUACCGUGGACUGUGGGUGUUUUGUCACUCCCUUUAAUGCUGCUUUAGCAACCCCAAAAAACAAGCUAGGUUUUGAACACAAACACGGUCACAAAACACUCACACCUCCUUUUGAAUAUCUUCCCUGAGGCACUUUUGCUGGAACCGGACACCCACAUUUCAAGAUGACACAAGAGCCUGCUAAACACCAGUCGCCAUUUUCUAGGUCCAAACAUCCGUGUGUUAAUGGUGUUUUUCUUUUUGAGACUCUGGUAGUUUGUCCCAAAGCUGAAGCGGUAGCAGCCGGCUGUUUCUCCUUCUCUGAUAUUAUUGAGCAGAGAACCUCUCACGCCAGUUGUGCUCUGUUGUUAAAUACACGAGUGUGUUAUGAGUGGCGGACCCAGAGAAGUGCAGCAGUUCGGCGAGACAGACAACCGGAUGGUCCAAUAGUUGCUUUCAGUUCGAAGCGUGUCAUUGUUGGAGGUUUUCAGGCAAAAUGCGAGAGAAUCACUUCGUUUCGUUUUCUUUUUUAUCUCCACAAUAUAUUACUAUGUUAGCACGAUUUGGUUUUUUGUUGUUCAUCAAACACAGUGUAAAUAGUUUGGGUUUACCUGUGCUUGCAUGCUUUGGCGUCCGCUGAUGCCUUCGUCAGACCAACUACGGAUGCUGGUGGCGUCACUUCUGCUUAUCUGCCAGCAGUAAAGGACCCUUUGAAAUACCUUUAAAAACCUGAGCAACUAUUGAUCGAGACUACUUACAAAUAUUACAAGAAAGUCUGGCUGCUCAGAAGCAGGAUAUGAAGACACCAGGGGUGUAAAACAUCUGUAGAUGAUAGAGGAGAGAGACAAAAAGAGGAGACUUUGUCAGCUGAGAAGCAGCUGGAGCUACCGGACCUUCCAAAAAAGAAACUAACUUGGGGCAUUUGUAACUAUGUGUAUAUGAAAAAAGUCACUAAUACUUCUGGAACUGCAUCACUACUAUUUUAAAGAGAUAAAUAAAGGGCAAUACUUUGUGAAAACUUUAUUAAAUCUGUCUGUGAAGCCAGUGCAGGUUGACUAGGAAACAUAAUCCCAGCAUGACACAACAACAACCACCAUCAUGGGUCGUCUCCUAGUGUUAACGGCUGGUGUUGGACGGUCUGCUGGACGAUACCAGCCUCUGGACAUAAACCUGGACGUGCUCCACUAUUUACGUCUCUCUUUCUCCUCAGGGCUUUGUGUCUCAUUUCCAAACUUGUUGGACUGAAAACAACCAGCCCUCAAUCAGCUGUUGUAUUAUGGGUGUUAGAGUAGGCUACUACGGUUUCUGUCACUGACUAGAUAGACUUUUAACUUUGUAUGGACUCAAGACUUGGCAAGCUCUUUGGGCUUUGGGCUACUUCCUCUUUCACGUGCACCAUAUAUUCAUGUACAUUUUUCAGGGAUGUAAAUAUUUAAAUGUUUUAUUUGGGUUUUAGUCUGAAACCCUUUAUUUGGUCACAAUCAUCUGCCAGACAGAGUCUCAGUCAUUGUGAUAAACUCUUAGCGAAGUUGGAGAGUUAAAGAACAACGAGAAGAUACACGUACGUGUAUUUGUGUUAAUACUGUAUGUGUGUACCUUACAUUUAUGACAAUGUGAAUAGAGAAAUAUUAGUAUUGUAAAAUAUUUAUAACAUGUGCUAGUGUAUAGAACAGAGCAGAAUCUGUAUUAAAGAAGUCUAUCUCUGUUUGCUGUGUCAGUUUAGUUCAUCUGAGUUUUGACUGUUCUUUUAUUGUCAAAGUUCACUUAUUGUGUUUUAAACAGUGUUGGGCAAGUUACUUCAAAACUGUAAUGCAUUAUUUAUUACUUGUUACCCUCAUUUUAAAGUAAUUCAUUACAUUACAAUAUUACUGAUUUUAAAUUGUAAGGCAUUACACUACUUUUGCAUUACUUUAAGUUACUUUCACCAAUACAACUUCAAUAUGAAUCUGGUAAUCUGACGCUCAGUGUGCUCAUGACAUAUAUGUGGAAAGUGAUGUGGUGUCUGAGCUAGGGUUGCUGUUAAAACAGUCAGAAAUAACAACAGUGCUUUAAAAUGAUUGUUUAUUAAAUAAAAGCAACAACAAUCUGUAUUCUCAACACGCUGCCAUCUUAUAUUAACUGAGCAGGGAGUGAGGUGGUGGGGGCUCCAAGCCUAUAUUUGCCUUGGUCCCCAAAUGCCUUGAUACGGCCCUGGAUGUGGGACUGACUUCUGGGGUGAUCUGAUUCUAUCACAUGUAUAAAUAUUAAAUGCUUAUAUAUUAUUGCUUUUCACUGGUAAAAAUGUGUAUUGGGGAUAAAUCUACCUACUUUUUUCUUUUUUUCUUGAUUUUAGUUGAAUAAUUUCCUGCCCUUUCUCUCUCUAACCUUCCUGCAUGCUGCAUGUUUUCUCCGUCUUCCAGAAAAAACUGUUUCCUAGACUUCCUACUUUCUAACUAUCAGCCAGAGGGAUCUUCACAUGCGCGGCGCUCCAGCAGUAAUGAGUUGAAAUCACCGGGGCUCAGAUUAUGAACUCAGCUGAGGCAAAGCACGUCAGAAAAGCACAAAAUACCAGAAAAUAUGCGCUGAUAUGAACGAUCGCAAGUGAAUUAUUUUGUUUUAGUGGAGCGAUUUUGUGAAUGUUGCAGCGGCCACGUGCAGGACGCAGCUGGAGUAGUUGAGCCGUUACCGCUGCGUCCUCUCUGCCCGCAAAGCUGAGUCCAUAAAUGACGUAAUAUAUGCAGAUACUGGAUCUUUCUUCGGGUUUCCCGUAAUUUGAAUUUUUAAGGAACACAUCUUGAUUCUGGGUUUAAAAAUGCAUUGUAAUAACCGCGUUACUGACACUUGUACCGAGUAAAUAUUACCAAUUGCUUUCCCUGUAAUGCCUUACAUUACCACAUUACAGCAAAAAGCAAUGCAUUACAGUAAUAAUUACUUUUUUACCGCAUUACUCCCAACACUGGUUUUAAAGAUUUACUAACAGUAUACAUGUAAAAUCUGCAAGAACGUCGGGUAGAAAUGACCAAUAUAGAUGUAGAAAAUAAUGGAAUAUCGGGGUAUACCAUUUCAUUAUAUAUCUUAGGGUAGCAGUACUUAUUAAAAACAUAGAAAGUCAUUUAAAGAAACACUUUGCAACUUUUUCCAUAUUUUUAAAUCAUUUUCUUGAGCCAGUGUGUGCUAAAAUGACGCUUUAAUGAUCCAGUCUGGGCGGACACUCUACCACUGGCCACUGAGAAGGAAUGGCACGCCACCCUGCCACUACCACCCCUGUGGACAGAAUAUUCUACUUGCAAUUUCAGGCUGGUGGGCUGCUCUGUUGGGAGCUGACAUACCUGGUGCUGCAGUCUGCUUCUAGCAUGAUUCCUGCAUGUUUUAGAUCAUGAAGAGCUGAUUUGUUUAAUUUAGUGAUGAAUACUCCUGUAGACACUAAUGAAAGCUGGGGAGACAUUUCAGUUGUUAGAUUAAGGUGCUAAAUAGACGAUUGCACAGUGAGGAGAUAGACAAAAACUUUUAUCAGAUAAAAAACGCAGAACGAAGGUAACAAAGAAACAAAAAAACUGUACAGCAGUAGCUCAACAGGUUGAGCGGGUUGUCCAGUAAUCGGAAGGUUGCAGGUUUGAUCCCGACUCUGGCCAGAAUUCUGCUGUUGUGUCCUUGGGCAAGACACUCAGCCCACCUUGCCUGCUGGUGGUGGUUGAAGGAACUGGAGGCGCCUGUGCUCGGCAGCCUCACCUCUGCCAGUGAACCUCAGGGCAGCUGUGGCUACAUUGUAGCUCAUCACCAUCAGCGUGUAAAUGUGUGUGAGUGGAUGAAUGAUACACUGUAAAGCACUUUGGAGUCCUCUGACUCUGAAAGGUGCCCUUUAACAAAAAAAGUGAGGAGAUAGGUUUUGCUUUUGGUUCUACAAACGGACACUAGGGGGUGCUAAAAGCAAGCCAAAACUGCCUGGUUCCUCUAUAAACAAUUUUCAUUUGGCAAAAUAAUAGCUAGCAUUGAAGUGACUUCAGUUAUCCAUUACAUUCUAAGCACUCUGUGAAAAAAAAAACAAUUUUUGUUGCAUGGUUAUUUAAAUAGGAAACUAAUUGAACCAGCCGGAGCAUUUCCUGUAAAAGUAUAAUAAUUGUACCUGAGUAACCAUCCUCGACAUUAGUGUAAAAGAAAAGCUUGAGUUGUUCCAAGAUGGCAGAAAUCAGCUUUGGUUUGGACUUAAAUCAGCCUAGCUGUUAGCAACCUGAGGCUAAAUGAAACUCUUUUUUUGGUGUGUUCUUGCUGUGUUGGAAUUCUAAUUCCAUCUUUUAGUUCCUUUUAAAACACAGAAAGGUUUUAUUUAC